GUCCUGGUUGUGAGGGCUGAGCAUGCCUGUUGCAGCUUCCCCAGUUACAGGGUGAGCUGCAUUUCCAAGCAGCCAGCCCUCUCCAGCCUGUCUCUCCCUGUGGGGUAGCAAAGCAGGACCACCUUUUCCCCACUGCCCUCAAGGCUGGAACCUGGGAUCUGAGCCCUCACUAACGGCCCUGGCAGGGCCUAACCACUGAGUUCACUGCUGCCUGAGAGGGCGGUGGGCAUAGAGCCAGGAAUGGAGCAGAUAACCUAGGGUGGGCCAUCCCCUGAGACUCACCCCAACCUGGAGGACCCAGGCCCUGGGGUACAAUGGACACUCAAGGUCAGCGGGGAUUGAGGGACGAUCACUCUAAACAUGGUCCCAACACUCAGGGACCAAGCCUCUGGCUGCAGCUUUGUGGGAGGGUCCUGGGCCUUGAGCCCUGUCCAAAGUCUGGCCCAGUGGCCCUCCACACCGGUGGCCCCCUCACAGGGCCAACCAAUGGCGUCCUCUAGACCUGGGGCGUCUCUUGGUCUCAUUCUGACCAGACCAGGCUCUUAUUACUCUGCCUCCUGGGUCAUAAGGUCAGACACAGGGUCACGGGACGUUUUCCAUCCAGUCUCAGAGCAGAUGUUCCUGGGGCCCCAGACCCCUGGGAAGAGUUUGGAAGGGCGGAUUCUGUCAGCCCCUGCAUUUGAUCUCCCUUCCCCCUCCUUCCCUGUCCUGAACCUGGGUUGAGAGGGUCUGCCAGGCAGCUUUGAUCCCCUGAGACCAGGGCCUGUAGAGAGGAGGGGCUCCGGUUACAGUGUCCCCUCCCCUCCCCUCUCUGGCCAGAGUCGGCCCUUCUCCGCCCCUUGCCCCUCUUGGCCAGUGUCUCCUUGUUUCUAGGCCUCAGUCCCUCCCUAUCCUUCCCCCCUCCCCGCCCCCUGCCCUGCGCUGACCACAGAGGGGCCAAGCUGAGUAGGGGCAACACCAGAGCUCAGAGAUCCGGAACCCACCCAGCUCUUUUUCCACCCGGGUGUUGAAACGAAGCAGCUCUUUUUCCACCCGGGUGUUGAAACGAAGCAUCUGCUGUGGGCUCAGACCCUGGGGACCAAAGGGGAGCCUGGAGGAUCUGCCAGGGGCCCGAGGGCAGGGGCGCCGACAACAGGCCUAGAAGGUGGAUGCCUGCAGGGCGUGGUCGGCGGGGCCGGAGGGGCUGGUGGUCACAUAUCCCCACCCCCUGGCCUAGUGGUCCCCAUGUCGGCCCAGAGGCUGCUCCUGCCACUACUAAUGGUUGGGCUGACCUCAGGGGCCAGCCUGCCACAGGGGCCCAGGAACCACCUGGGCGUGUGCCCCAACCAACUCAGCCCCAAUCUGUGGGUGGAUGCCCAGAGUACCUGUGAGCGUGAGUGCGUCGGGGACCAGGACUGCGUGGCUGCUGAGAAGUGCUGCACCAAUGUGUGUGGGCUACAGAGCUGUGUGGCUGCCCGCUUCCCUGAUGGCGGCCUGGCUACACCCACAUUGAUGGCCUCAUGUGAGGGCUUUGCAUGCCCACAGCAGGGCUCCAACUGCGAUAUCUGGGAUGGGCAGCCAGUGUGUCGCUGCCGUGACCGCUGUGAGAAGGAGCCCAGCUUCACCUGCGCCUCCGACGGCCUCACCUACUACAAUCGCUGCUACAUGGACGCCGAGGCCUGCCUACGUGGCCUCCGCCUGCACGUCGUGCCCUGCAAGCACAUCCUCACCUGGCCACCCAGCAGCCCAGGGCCACCUGAAACCACUGCUCGCCCAACGCCUGGGGACGCCCCAGUGCCACCUGCCCUCUACAGCAGCCCGUUCCCACAGGUGGUAUAUGUAGGGGGCACUGCCAGCCUCCACUGUGAUGUCAGUGGCCACCCACCACCUGCGGUGACCUGGGAGAAGCAGAGUGACCAGCGGGAGAACCUGAUCAUGCGGCCAGACCAGAUGUAUGGCAAUGUAGUGGUCACUAGCAUUGGGCAGUUGGUACUUUACAACGCCCAGCCUGAGGAUGCUGGCCUCUACACUUGCACCGCACGCAACGCUGCCGGCCUGCUGCGGGCUGACUUCCCGCUCUCUGUGGUCCAGCGAGAGCUGGCCAGGGACAGGGCCCCCAGUGCCCCCACCCUGGCCGAAUGCCUGCCCAACACACAGGCCUGUGCUGGCCCCCCCUCCAGCCAUGUCCUCUGGCACUUUGACCCACAGCGGGGCAGCUGCAUGACUUUCCCAGUUGGUAGCUGUGAUGGGGGCACACGGGGCUUUGAGACCUUCGAGGCGUGCCAGCAGGCCUGUGCCCGCGGCCCUGGAGACACCUGUGUGCUGCCAGCUGUGCAGGGACCCUGCCAGGGCUGGGAGCCACGCUGGGCCUACAGCCCGCUGCUGCAGCAGUGCCACCCCUUUGUGUAUGGUGGCUGUGAAGGCAACAGCAACAACUUUGAGAGCCGAGAGAGCUGUGAGGACACCUGCCCCGUGCCGCGCACACCGCCCUGCCGGGCCUGUCGCCUCAGGAGCAAGCUGGCGCUGAGCCUGUGCCGUAGUGACUUUGCCAUUGUGGGGCGUCUCACUGAGGUGCUGGAGGAGCCUGAAGCAGGUGGCGGCAGCAUUGCCCGCGUGGCCCUAGAUGACGUGCUCAAGGAUGACAAGAUGGGCCUCAGGUUCUUGGGCACCAAGUACCUGGAGGUGACACUGAGUGGUAUGGACUGGGCCUGUCCCUGCCCAAACGUGACAGCUGGUGAUGGCCCACUGGUCAUCAUGGGUGAGGUGCGAGACGGUGUGGCUGUCUUGGAUGCUGGCAGCUAUGUCCGCACCGCCAGUGAGAAACGGGUCAAGAAAAUCUCAGAGCUCCUUGAGAAGAGGGCCUGUGAGCUGCUCAACCGCUUCCAGGACUAGCCCUGCCCACACAGC